AUGUCUUUACAAGAUGAAGAACUCGGACAGCAGCUUUAUCUGCAAAUGCGACAACGACAACAAAUUGCACUGAGAGCGCAGCAAAUGGCCGCAUCGCAACGACAACAGGCAGUAAACCAGAUGGGAGGUCAAAUGGGAAACACAAUGAACCAGAUGAACGCAACGAACAUUCACCAAAUGGGCAGUCCUUUCGACGAUAUUCCAGUACAAGCGCCCGAGGAUAACAACAUCCUCUACCAGAGAAAUGUGUCACCAGAAGCCGCCUCUUUCUUCUCUGCCUGCAAAGCCGGCGACAUGUUCACCGUCCAGUCAAUCGUCACCUCUCAAUCUCGCACGCCAGUCUUUCUUCAUCGAGGUCUAAUAAACGCCCUAGAAAGCGGAAAUGUCGACGUCGCACGAUACCUGCUCCAGUCUGGAGCACCCAUCUCACGACAAACACCAGAAAUUGUUCUCAAAGCCCCAGCCGACCGGCAAAUCGCCCUCUUCGAGGCUCUCGCCGAGCACGGCUGGACUGUCAAUACACCAUCUUACUACGGCGAGGUUCUCCUCACAAGACUCAUCAGGUCCAACAACGAACAUCUCAUCGACUGGUUCCUCGCGCAAGGCGCAAACCCCAACCUAGGCCGCCAGCACGAUCAACGCGAUCGUCUAGGCGGACCAGACACAAACUCGUGCCAGGCGCUGGAGCUGGCAGCCUCGCAUGGCAGUGUCGACUUGGUGCAGAAGCUUCUAAAUGCCGGCGCUGAAAUCACCAACGGGGCCCCGCUGUACUACGCAGCAGGUGCUUUGCCUGAAGGUGCAAACCCUCAUGCUGGACGCGUCAUGCCGACCCGGGAAUUCGACAUUUCCAGAAUACCCGUAAUGCAACUGCUGGCGGAAAAGGGCGCCGGGAUUAACGACAAGCUCGAGACGCGCCAUAUGGUGCCGAUGUAUCCGAUCGUGAAUGCCGUUUGGGCGGGCGCUGUUGAGAGAGUCAAGUGGCUCUUGGACCAGGGGGCAGAUCCUGAUCAGAACGGGCCUUAUGGCAGUGCUAAAGACUACGCUCGCAGGUUGGGCAGCGACGAGAUGAAACAAGCGCUGGGACUUCCGUAG